ACUUUAUAAUGGCCUUGAAUUAUGAAGCCCAGCAAAUAAACGUCAAAACCAGCCCGUUAAACCAUCAGCCCAGUCAGUCCCACCACUGUAAUUAUCAGAAACCCUAAGCGCAACCGUCCAUGCUUGUGACGAGGACGCGUCUCCCUUCACUGCAAUUGCAGUCUCAUACCUAGAGAUCAUAUUGUUCUUAAUACGAAAAUUUUUAUUUUUAUCAAUUCAAUGAUCAAAAGUGAAUCUGCGUUCUAUAGCUUUUGUUUUGCUUUGGUUUCUUACUUAGUAUCUCGUCAUCUCCAUGAAGAGUAGACACCUUAACCAACAGCCGAAUUCAAAAUCUAAUCAAUCCAAUUCAACAUCACUUUGUCUUCAAACAAGAUGAUUUUGUGGGUUUCAAACUGAGGCUACUAAUGUGGUGGGGUUACAGAUGACCCUUCUAUUAUGCACUACUCGUUGUUCAAAGUUUCAAGCCUCCACGAUAUCUGCCAUUGCUCAUUUUCAUGGUGGUUCUCGACCAUUUGAAACCAAAGAGGUAAGAAAUAGACGUAGCCCUGAGUUGUGGUUUGCUAAAGUUGUGUGUACGCUACUGGUUCGUUCUCAGUUUUGUUUAGAUAGUUGUUUGGGCUAUUUGAGUCAGAAGUUGACUCCUUUGACAUCAUUUGAGGUAAUGAGACGUUUAGACAAUCCGAGAUUGGGCUUCAGAUUUUUAGAGUUUAGUAGAGUGAAUUUGAGUAUCGAUCAUUCUUUCAAGACUUACCAUUUACUUCUAAGAUCUUUAUGUGAAUCGGGUCUACAUGAUAUGGCAAAAGUGGUGUUUGCUUAUAUGAGGAGUGAUGGGCAUUUGCCCAAUAGUUCAAUGAUAAUUUUUUUGGUUUUGUCAUUUACAAAAGCUGGAAAAUUUCACAUUGUCAAGGAAUUUCUUUCUCAGCUGCCGUCUGAAAAAAUUGCUAUGGAUACUUUUGCGUGUAAUAGUUUGUUGAAUUUGCUGGUUAAAGAGAAUAAAGUUAAUGAGGCCAUCUUCCUUUUUAAAGAGCAUUUUAGAUUGUAUUCUCGGCCAGACACAUGGACUUUUAAUAUUAUGAUCCGAGGUUUGAGCAGAGUAGGAGAAGUUAAUAAGGCUUUUGAGAUUUUCAAUAAUAUGGAGAGUUUUGGCUGUUCUCCUGAUGUUGUUACUUAUAAUACACUUAUAAACGGAUUUUGUAAGGUUAAUGAGGUAGAUAGAGGGCACUGGUUAUUGAAGGAAAUCAAGUUAAGAGAUGAAUUUCUACCGGACCCUGUGACUUACACAUCGGUCAUAUUGGGAUAUUGCAAGCAAGGUAAGAUGGAGGAGGCUUCUUGUCUUCGUGAUGAGAUGAUUAAAUCUGGUAUUCAACCUUCAGCAAUAACAUUUAAUAUUCUUAUUGAUGGCUUUGGUAAGGUUGGUGACAUGAUGUCUGCUGAAUCCAUGCGUGAGAGGAUGCUUUCAUUUGGUUAUGUUCCUGAUGUUGUUACUUUCACUUCCUUAAUUGAUGGUUAUUGUCGUAAUGGACAGGUGAACAUAGGCUUGAAGUUGUGGGAUGAAAUGAAUGCCAGAAACAUAUCCCCAAAUGUGUAUACUUUUGCUAUUCUUAUUAAUGCUCUGUGCAAGGACAAUAGACUGAAUGAGGCUCGCAGGUUUUUGAAUCAGUUGAAGUGCAGUGAUAUAGUUCCUAAACCCUUCAUGUACAACCCUGUGAUUGAUGGGCUUUGCAAGGCUGGUAAUGUGGAUGAGGCAAAUGCAGUUGUAGUAGAAAUGGAGGAGAAGCUGUGCAAGCCUGAUAAAGUAACAUUUACCAUUCUAAUUAUUGGGUAUUGUAUGAAGGGAAGAAUGUUUGAGGCUAUUAGCAUUUUCAAUAAGAUGGUGACAAUUGGUUGUGCCCCAGAUAACAUAACUGUAAAUUCAUUGAUAUCUUGCCUUUUGAAGGCUGGGAUGCCUAAUGAAGCCUUUCGCAUAAUGCAAUUGGCAUCAGAGGACGUGAACUUGACUUUUCCAUCCUUGAAGAAAUCAAUGCCUUUGGCAAGUACCGGCAUCCCAGUGGCUGCUUAAGAUAAAGAAUGUCAAACCAUUGAACUUGCCAUUAUCAACCUAUUCAUUGAGCAAGGUCUUUCCACUGUCAUGCACCGAGUACCAAAUGCAACGUAUCAGCUUGGACUGCACAUGAUAUAGCAGCUGGCUGCAAGUGGUUGUUUACAACAAUCGGUGGAGUUAUGGAUGGUAUCAAAUCUUGGCAUAUUCUCAGCAAUAAUAAAUACUAUGUGCAUAAUUUUGCGUACAAACAAUGAUGUAUCAUUAUGUGAUUAUGUGUUGUUUUAUUUUUAAUUUUCAAUUAUUCAAUCACAUAAUGACACGUUAUUGGUUGUACAAAAAAUUGAACACAUAGUACUAUGUGAUUCUCAAUUGGUUAGAAUACCAUCAGAACUGAGAGAUUAAAGGCCUUUAGAUCAGUAGUCUGAAUUGGUAAGGGGCUAUUACAAGUGGAUGGCUUGGAUUUAUAUUUGGAUGCAACAGAUGACUUUAGAGAAGAUCUCUAAAGUGCUACAGUAAGGCCAUCUAGAUUACUGAUGCAUUCCAUCUACAGUGAAUGGCGCUUAGAGAAAUAUUAAUGUACUUUUUAUUUGGGUCAUCAAAUUUAGGUGUAGUUUGUUAUCUUUUGGGUUGGCUAGUUUAAUAUUUAUGCCAUAGAGCUCUGCCCACAUUCCAUGCCA